GGUUCUCUGUGGCUUCCGCCCAUUUCCCUUAAAUCACCUUCUUUCUUAUACUCACAUGACUGCUGCUCCCAUCCCUUCUGUUUAAACCAAACCCUACGACGCAGGUUCUGCUCCAUCUGUUAUAGAUGAAUACACCUAAGUGGUUUCGCUGCCUGUCCAAUCCUUGCAUUCCUCAUAGUAUUCGAGCUCAAAGGUGUUUCCACCACCAACUUUCGCAGCAGGAAUGUUUUGGGCAUGGUGGAAUGAGUUCUCAAGAAAGUUCGAUGUCUGGGAGAAAUUUGUUUUCGAGAUUAAACCAACCUUGCUCUUUCCAAGGAAAUUCUCCUUGGUCGACACAAGGGAGUCCUGCAUAUUGCAAUUAUGGAAACAUUGCUAACAAUGAACCCAAUUUAAGUAGAAAUUUUCUUGCACAACUUUGGGUUGCAGAAAGAAAAAUGACAAAGGACCUUGAAAAAAGAAGAAGAAAAUGUAAGCACCUAAACUAUGUUGGGGCACAGGAAUCAUUCGAACAUCCUUUUGAAAAAUGCUUUCCCGGCAGUAGAGUUAAAGUAGAAGAAUCUAGUGAUCGGGCUGAACCGGUUUUCAAGCAACAACCAGUUAGUCAAUCUAUCUCAGGUUUUCUUCGGCCAACUUCACAAGAAGAGGCUCAAAUUGCACCUCUUCUUGCUAGGUCCAAUCUGCUAAUCACCAGGGAUAUUGAGUGGGCAAAUCUUGUACUUGGUUUUGAGCAGGAGAACCGAUAUGCAAUAGUGGAUGUCUGCUACCCUCAGUCACCUGUUGGUUUUAUUCGUGAGCAGAGUAACAUCAUUACUAGACAGUUGCUGCGUACAAGACGCCCUUUCGUUGCAUCCAUCACUGAUGCCAUGGGUCAAGAGCUGUUUAGGGUUCGUAGGCCUUUUUGGUGGAUAACGAGCUCAAUUUUUGUAGAAAUUGAUAGUAAGGAAAUUGGCGUGGUUCACAGAAGGUGGCAUUUGUGGAGGAGGGUGUAUGAUUUGUACCUGGGGAAUAACAAUUUGCUGUAGUUGAAAAUCCUGGCUUAUGGAAUUGGACUUUUACUUUGAAGGACAUUGAUGGACAAGUUCUAGCUGAAAUAGAUCGUGAUUGGAGGGGUUUUGGCUUUGAGAUAUUUACAGAUGCUGGUCAGUAUGUUAUCCGCUUUGGGAAUGCUGAUCCCAUCUCGAAGACUGGUCCAGCUAGCAUGAUCCAAGAGUUGGAUGUAAGCCGUCCACUGACCCUCUCAGAGCGAGCGGUUGCUGUUGCUCUUGCUAUAUCAUUGGAUAAUGAUUACUUCUCUAGGCAUGGUGGCUGGGGAAUCCCUUUUAUUGCAAUGGGGGAGUAGUUUCUCUAAUUGAGAAAGAGACAUUUGGGAGCUGCAAUGAUCUGUAUUGAUACCAUUAUGCUACUUGCUGUCUUGGACUUUUCAAACAUUGUUUUUACGUCUUUUCUUCUUUCGAAAUGAAACACGAGUAUUGUUUGUUAGGGGAAAAUGUUUGGUGAACCGUCUUUAGA